GUUGCAGGGAAAACUUCGUCAGAAUUAUCCAGUUGCUCGUCGUCAUCGUCGUCGGUAGCCAUUUGAGAAAAGUAGAGUUCUCCGAAGCCGUAUUUAGUGAAGUAAUGAACAAAGGCGAACUACAGGCAGGCAAACGAGAAAGUGAAGCGGAGACGUUGACGACGCCGCUACGGGUACCAUGUGUUGAACGCCGGGCUACCAAUCCCCUUUCUUUCUUUCUCACCAGUAGCCGUGAGUAUGAUGAUGAGCCUCCGCGGAGCUCCUCGCAGUAUCGCCUCAUCUGUGGCCACAGCAACAUCAUCAUCACCGUUCGUCCUUUAAUCGAAAUAACUGGAGGCGGGUUGCAGCUGUUUGAUUUGUUAUCGACGUGGGAGGAAAUAGCUCAUCAAUCUAGAGACAAAGAAGGAGCGCAAAAAGUAUUAGAACUUGCUGCAUUGCUCGUCGAUGAGUGGCGAGUUUCUCUCCAAUGAAUGACCGUUGUGUUGUUGCCCGAGAGACGGUGAAGGUUUCUCCCGCUAAGAGAACGAGAACUUCAACGACGAAAGUUGUCCAGGCGAGCAGCUAAAUCCCAUCAUUUAUUUCGGGCAGUUGAAAAUCUGAGCGGUUUGAAUAAUUUGCAACGAGACAAGCUGCGCCGUCAUGCCCACAGCGGCGGUUUUGGGUGCGGCCGUGGGCGUAGGAGGAGCUUUAUUCCUGACGCUCACUUUGUUGAUCUACCGUUACCAUGCCGCGCAGAAAAAAGAAGCAGCCGAUAACCAUUAUCCGUAUCAUCAUGGCGGCAAGGGUGUCGGCUAUAGCAGUCUAAGCAACAGUUGGUCAACACGGGACAGCUGGGCGCCACCGGCCUCUUCGACGCCAUCCUACAAGGCGACCAGCUGUUUAUUGGAAGAGGAUCAUGGCGCCUAUAAUGGUAGACGUCGUCCGCUCCCCAAACUCUAUCUUCCCCUUACCACUCACCAUCAGGGUUUCGAGACGGCGAAUCAUCCGAUUCAACCUCCGGCUCCUUCGCUGCCUCCAUUUCAACAGUGGUCUCCUAACGAGUCGCCAUUUUCCAUACCGACAACUAUGUCGAGUUCGAGCGGUGGUGGGACUCGUAACAGCAACGUGGUUCCAACAUCGACGGCCAACAGCAGUAAGAGAUCAUCUCCGUUGAACUAUUUCAGCCUAGACAUUCCGGCAAGUUUAUUGGGUUCGACGGGCACGACAAGCAAUACGUCGCUUCCGCAUCAAUCUUGUUCGUUGCCCUUUGUCGCCCGGCUAGUGCGCACUCCUUCAACCUCUUCUUCGACGUCCGGCUACGGUGCAGGAGAUUCACCUCAUCACGAUUUCCAACAGGGCCGUUCUGAGAGUUUGCAAAGUCAACGUUCUCCGUCUCCAUCAUGUCGUCACCGUUUGGCUUCGAAUCCGACACCUUUGUUUGGAGGAGGAUCGGCAGGAUCAUCCGGGGGGCACAUCCAUGUGAGCAGUAACAAUUUGAAUUUGACACCGUAUCCAAGUCCGUUGGUGAGUCCGACGCCUUCGUUUUCAUCGCUUCUUAAUUCUUUGGCGUCCGUCACUUCAUCGGCGUGCAAUUCACCCGUUCCGGCCACUACAACGACGCCGGCCUCGCCAUUGGUCAGACGCAACCGAUCGCCAAUGCUCUGCUCUUUGAACAAGAUGAAUUCGGUUCAAUCAUCGUCGUCGACUACGUCCAACCAGAGCCAAGGAUCAACGACGUCGUUGUGCUGCCUAGCAAUGACGUCAACUUCGACUCCGUUCGGAGCACUUCAGCCGGAACUCUACAAACGCGAAACGUCCAUUCAUGUCGGAUUGCCGGCCGAUGAUCAAGAUCAUUCGGAUCAUUCAACCAACGAAUCGUCUUUAUCAGACCAUAUUCAAUCGAAUCAUCAACAGUUAAACAGCAGUGCGGGACCCGUUUCGAUUACGGCUGCAUCGGCGGCAGCUCCUCAGAAAGCCAGUGGAGCGGCAAGCGUCCGUAGUAACAGCAACAUUCCUCUCGGACGGAUCCAUUUCCGCCUGUCUUACGAUUUCGACAAAUCGGAUUUACUCGUCCAUCUCAUCGAAGCUUGUGACUUAUCGCUGACGAUGGCCAGUUUUACGGAUGGAAGCGGAUCGACUUCGUCGUCCGGCGGUAGUUGCAGCAGCACCAGUGGCAUGGCCGCCGGAUCGAGCAGCAAUCCACGAGAAGCGCAUGUCCGCCUCCUUUUGCAACCAGAAGUGGAUCAACGGCGUAGACAAUCUGCACGUUGCCUGCGAAUGGGAACCGACACGCAGUGCUUCUUCGAUGAACGCUUCAAAUUUCCCGUGUCACACGAUCACCUUGCCGAUAAGACGCUCCGAUUCCAGAUAUGCGAGUACGAUCGAUUUUCAAGACCGUGUGUCGUCGGAGACUUGCAUUUCUCGCUGGCAGAUCGCGAAAAUGUAUUUGGGAGCAACAACACUGGGCCGGGGGUCGACAUUUGGGCGGAUGUAAUGCGUAACACGUUGCCGGACGAGAGCCGACCGCAGCUACUCAUCUCGCUCAGUUAUCUGCCGUCGGCCGAACGACUCACCGUCGUCGUGCUCAAAGCCAAGAACUUGGUCGUGCCGGCCAGCAAAGAAAACAUCGAUCCACUGGUGAAGCUCUACCUGAUGGUGAACGGUAAACGGCUGAAGAAGAAGAAGACUGAAUGUCGCAAAGGCACUUGCCAUCCAGUCUGGAACCAAGCGCUGACAUUUACUCUACCUUCGACCAAAUUGCACAGUUGCACACUUGAGAUAUCGGUGGUGGACCACGGCAGCGAACGGGGUGGCAAAAGCGCCCAAUUGGGCUGCUUGGCCCUCGGUCCCGAUCAGAAUCCGACAUCACCUGAACGCCAACAUUGGCAGGAUAUGGCCCACAAUGUCAGAAAAUCCAUCGCCAUGUGGCAUUUUCUGCAUUGAAACACAAAAUUAAACCCGCCAAAAGAAACAUCACACAAUUACACAACACCUUCACACAAAACGAAAGAUAUAAAUUCCAUUUAAUUUAUUUUCAGAUUUUUUUUUUUUAUAGAGGAACUCUUUUGCAUUCAAUUACGUGUUUCAUUUUCACAUUUAGAAAACAAUUCACGUUUACGUACAAAUAUUAUAUUCUAAUUUCGAUGUCUGUCGUGUCGUGCAUGCCGUGCACUUCCAUCAACUUGGAUGUCCGUUGACCUUAAAAUUCAAUGUCAAUCCAUCUCCUAUCUCAACUAUUUAUUCAAGUAAAGCUUUUUCACUACAUGCUAUAUAAAAAAUUUAACAAAAAUUCUUUAUAUAGACGUGAUUUUUUGGGGUUUUUUAGUCAAUAUGCGUUAUUGAGUUUACUCUAUGUCAUUCCGUUGUUUGGUACAUGUCAUACAAACACACACAAAAAGCUUACAAGAAAAAAACCUUGGAAAUUUUGAUUUGAUACGAAAUCACAUGCCAUUUUUUCCCCUUUCUGUUUAUCAUGGAACAAAAUAUAUAUGUCUGAAAUUAUCAUCUUAUCAGGAAAAACGGAAGCGACGUUUCUGGUUUGUUAAAUUCUGUUUUCCGUUUCACAUGUUUGGUGGGUAUUGCCUGCGGAAACCGCUGCCUUUCGAAGAGAUUACAAGAAAAUAGCAAGUACAGAAUCAAGUUCAACGUAUUCCCUGGAAGCCAAAAACUCGUGCAGACGUAUUCGAUCGAUUGGUUAACAACAAGAUGACAUCUCAGACCGCGCUUCUGUUAUAUGGCUUGCUCUGCUGGACGACCCUGGUCUUCUGCAGCGAGGAUUGCAAUCAAUCACUGGGAUUUCCUGUUGAAUACGGAUGCAAGUGCUCCGUUUCAAACAAGACGGGGCUCCAGCUCAAAGAUUGUAUUAAGGAAGAUCUGAGACUGGACGUAUCCAAACUAUAUCAAUUGACACCUCUCAAGAACAUGAUAUCAAUCAGUAAUUGUACUGGACUAAUCUUGUGCAACGACGAAGAGGAUAUUGUCUUGAAUGAUUUACGAGAAGUUAGCUUGGUUGUGAGUAAUGUUAAGAGCCUAACAGUCAACGAAAGCACAUUUGAUCGAAUAGUCAUCAACAUCGUCUUCCACAACAUUCCAAAUUUGAGUCUUGCUGGCAGAAGCUUCUCGAGUUGUUGGGGCACGGCUUGGAUGUUGAACAGCCCCGUACCAGCAUCAGUACAACAGGCUUUCAGCAGCGGUGAUAUUACCGUCUAUAAAGAUACGGAUUCUUUAUUCACAAUUCAUGCCGGACCGAAAAUGACUCCACGUCAAAGGGUCAGACUAGUUUACCAACUCGCCGGUGAAGUGAAUGAACUGAAAACUACGAUUUAUGCCGUAUUGGCACUACUCGGAGCUAUCGUUCUAACACUGGUCGGUUUGACUAUUGUUGUGGCCAGAAUGGCAAACCCAACAACAAGUGUUGUUCCAUUACCUGAUGUUGUUCCCGCUCCUCUGAGUGUACCCUGCCGGACAAGAACUAAGAAUCCUGUCACUAAAGUGUCAAGGAUUUCAAGAACAUUUCUAGGCAAAGGAAACACUGGAAGGAAGGCCUCUCCGAACACAGGAAAGUACCAUAUGAAAAAUCCGCGGCCUCCGAUUCCACCACCGGUUUAUCCCUUUGAAUCCUGUUGAACGUCACGCUCACUCACCUCUAUUCACGACAGCCAUCUAGCGGCCGGAAUUCCUCUUUCUCCCGUCAAACGAUCCCGAAAUAUGUUUUCUGCCAUUCAGGUAACUCCAGAAAUGCGAAAGCUUCCAAUCAUUUUAUUUUAAAAACUACUUAAAUUUUUUUUUUUUUUUUAUGUAUCCAAUUACUAGCACUUGUUUGAGGCCCUCUACGUGUUCUAAUUUUUCUAUAGGUUAUAUGUUAACGAGAGGCAAUUGCUAACGAUUUAUGGCUCUUCUGGGCUUAUUACUUUUACAUUCAUUCUUGGUUUUGAACUCGUCCGUCAGUCCCAUUCUAUCCCUAGACGUAAUUUGAACUGGGUUACUGUCGUUCAGUUGUCAACGUCCGGAUGUCUUUAAAAUGUAAUAGGAAAGGUAUUUUUCAUUUCAUAUUCUUAGGGGUUCCCCAUUAACAUUAAGGUCACGCUAUGAUUUCACUACCCCCUUUGAUGUCUUUUGAGCUUUACACCUGCACCACAGCUGGUGGUAUCUUAUGGGACUAUGGCCGUGUUUCCCAUAAGGAAGGUGAUUUAUCGUCCAGAUGGGGCUAUAAUAAACUCUCACCUUGUUAUAGUUCAUCAUUGGGUCACAUCUUUUUCUACAUAGCUCGUUCACACGAAGCUGUUUGCACACCAAUUCCCGACUGUGUCAGACAGAAGCCCUUGUAUACAAAUACCAAUAUUAAUAUCCAUCGUGUGUCUAGUUGGAAAACGUGAUUCCAACUCCGGGAACACGGCUCAUAUUUGGGUGUAACAACAACUUUUUCCUCCAGUUAGUUUCACCCCUGACACAAAGGCUAUUCAAUUUCUGUUUUUCUUUCUUUUCAUUCUUUUAAAUGCAUCUGUAUAUAUUAUCGCGUGAGCCCGUUUUUCUUUUCUGUUUUUCACCCUCUGGGUUUCAUGCCUACAGCGGGACUGUUCCCUUUUUGCGUUUUCAAUAAACUUUUUGAUUCGUUCUGCU